GCUUCUCCUCCACUGAACAUAAGCAAGGAUACCAGGCACAGAGAACCAAACUAUUUUAUCAGAUCUAAACCUAAAAUGGAAGAAGCCAAAAGCCAAAGUUUGGAGGAAGACUUUGAAGGACAGGCCACACAUACAGGACCCAAAGGAGUAAUAAAUGAUUGGAGAAAGUUUAAAUUAGAGAGUGAAGACGGUGAUUCAGUUCCACCUAGAAAGAAGGAGAUUCUCAGACAGAUGUCUUCUCCUCAGAGUAGAGAUGACAAAGACUCAAAAGAAAGAUUCAGCAGAAAGAUGAGCAUUCAAGAAUAUGAAUUAAUUCACCGAGAUAAAGAAGAUGAAAAUUCCCUUCGUAAAUACCGUAGACAAUGCAUGCAGGAUAUGCACCAGAAGCUGAGUUUUGGGCCUAGAUAUGGGUUUGUGUAUGAGCUGGAAACUGGGGAGCAAUUCCUGGAAACCAUUGAAAAAGAGCAGAAAAUCACCACAAUUGUUGUUCAUAUUUAUGAAGAUGGCAUUAAGGGUUGUGAUGCUCUAAACAGUAGCUUUACAUGCCUUGCAGCUGAAUACCCUAUAGUCAAGUUUUGUAAAAUAAAAGCUUCUAAUACAGGUGCGGGGGACCGCUUUUCCUCAGAUGUACUCCCCACACUGCUCGUCUACAAAGGUGGGGAACUCAUAAGCAAUUUUAUUAGUGUUACAGAACAGUUUGCCGAAGAAUUUUUUGCUGGGGAUGUGGAGUCUUUCCUAAAUGAAUAUGGGUUACUACCUGAAAGAGAGAUACAUGCCCUAGAUCAGACCAACAUGGAAGAAGAUACUGAAUAAAGAGUCAUUAUGUCAACAUCUCAUAUUUCUCCUUUACAAGUUGAAUAUUGAUUUUGGCAGAAUCCAUAUUCCUUUAGAGAAUACCAAGUAUGGCCAUGGCUAUUUUAAUUUGUGAGAAAAAAAAGAUUGAUGCUAAAAUUAUUUGAUUAGCAUUACUUAAAUGAAUAGAAGGCUUUACUACAAAAUAUUGUAGUCUUUAGCAACAUGUUAGUAGACAAAGAGGGUAUGAAUAAUAUUGUGACAGUUUUCAAAAAUCCCUUUCAAGUUAUGUGUUGGCUUUCUUACUCCUUGUUUUUUCCUCAGUGGUAUUAUUUGGACUUUUCAAAUUACAUUAUCAAUCACAAUUUUGCUUGUGUGAUAAGAAUAAAGUCUCAUGAGGAAAUAA